GCUGAUUACUCAGAUUUGGACUAGCACUCUUCAGCGCACAAUAAUAACUGCAACUCCAAUUGUCGGAUUCCCCAAGGUGCAAUGGCGUGCCCUUGAUGAAAUAAAUGCAGGGGUAUGUGAUGGAAUGGCAUACGAAGAAAUAAAGAGGAACAUGCCUGAGGAAUAUCAAUCUCGUAAAAAUGACAAGCUGAGAUAUCGAUAUCCUCGUGGUGAAUCUUAUCUUGAUGUCAUUCAAAGGUUAGAACCUGUAAUUAUUGAGCUUGAGCGACAGCGUGCCCCCGUAGUUGUUAUUUCUCAUCAGGCUGUCUUGAGGGCUUUGUAUGCUUAUUUUGCCGACAAGCCUUUGAAAGAAAUUCCCCAUAUUGAGGUCCCUCUCCAUACCAUAAUAGAGAUUCAGAUGGGGGUUACUGGUGUCCAGGAAAAACGAUACAAGCUUAUGGAUUAAAUCAUGCUCAACAUUUUAUGCAUUACCAAAUGAUAUAGGAAGAUAACACAAAUCAUUGUCUGUUCGGACAGAUAUAGGUUGUAAUAAAUUCAAUUUCCAACAUUUUUCAUCAACAACAAUAUAUCAAAUUCCCAUUAUAUUGUCUCAAUAAUCUGUUCACUUUUUCAUUGAAGUUCCCUUUCAAUGCGUGAAUGUCCCCUCAUACGCUGUUAUGCAAAGUAGCAUAGCAUACAUGUAUCAUUCAUUAAAGAGAGAGAGAACAGUUUAAUGUCAGUAGCUAUCUAACAAAUUAUUUUUCAAAA